UGAGUAAAGGGCUCAGUGUCCGCGUGUGGGAGGUUGUGUUCAAGUCAGUCAGUGUUGAAUGUUUUCUGCGUGGAUUUCUAACACCCUACUGAAGUUUUUUGAGGAUUAUUUUCUCAGGUCGACCUGUGACCAGAUGUUUAAUCCCCCAGAAGGACUUCAGAGCAGAGAUCUCAACCUGACUUCCAUCCAGUGUUAUAAAACUGUCUUUAUCGUCCACAGACCACAAACAAUGAAACUGUUGCUGCCCUUCAUUCUCCUGACGCUCGGACUGGCCACUGGCUACCGCAGUCCACUGAAUGACUUCCAGCGGUCAGAGGGCAGAGAGCUGGUUCCCACACCCUGGAACUCAGCUCGAGUGUUGAUGUUACCAGGCCUGAACCUGGAGGACUGUGCCACACGCUGCUCACAGUCUCUGGACUGCAGAGCGUUCAACUAUGAGACCCGUCCGACUGUCUCCUGUAAACAUCUGCCCUGGGUGGGUGACGGGAGCAACGCCGAGGUGAAGAGGAACGUCAACUGUGACCUUUAUGAGAAGAAGGUCUAUGUCAGAAAGUGCAUCGUGGGUAAAGGAGAAGACUACAGAGGGAAAGUCUUCACCACAAGAAGCGGGCUCAACUGCCAACAAUGGUGGUCCAAGUUUCCUCACGAUCACAGGUGGACUCCCACAGCUACCAACGGUCUGGAGCUGAACUACUGCAGGAAUCCAGAUGGGGAUCGAAUCGGUCCGUGGUGCUACACCACCGACCCUGAGCGCCGUUAUGAAAGCUGCAACAUCCCCCAGUGCAAAGAUGAGGUAUGUAUCACAUGUAAUGGAGAGGACUACAGAGGGCAAGUUGACCACACUGUGAGUGGAAAAGAGUGUCAGAGAUGGGACCAGCAGUACCCUCACCAACACAUCUACCAGCCUGAGAAGUAUCCUGAUAAGAGUUUAGAUGACAACUACUGCCGUAACCCUGACGCCUCUCCGGUGCCCUGGUGUUACACCACAGACACUGAGGUGGAGAGGGAGAACUGUGAGAUCAGCAAGUGCACUGAGGUGCGGGUCGAGAAACGCCAGCGCUCCAGCCAGCAACAGACCAACUGUUUCCGAGGCCGCGGGGAGGAUUACCGCGGUAAAGUCAACGAGACAACAUCAGGUAUCCCUUGUCAGCGGUGGGAUGCCCAACACCCUCAUGAGCAUCCCUUCUACCCAAACACAUACGAAUGCAAGGGUUUGGAGGAGAACUACUGUCGUAACCCAGAUGGGUCGGAGGCUCCCUGGUGCUUCACAUCGGUGCCAGAGAUGAGGACUGCUCUUUGCUUACAGAUCAAACGCUGUGCGGACGACAUAGAGGCUGAAGAUUGCUACCACGAAAAUGGAAAAAACUACAGAGGCAUGGUCCGCAAAACUCGUAAGGGGAUCACCUGCCAGAAAUGGAACGUCAACACACCUCACCAGACCAAGAGAAACCCAAGGACGCAUCCUGAGGCCAAUCUGACAGAGAACUACUGUCGUAACCCAGAUGGGGACCAGCACGGACCCUGGUGCUACACCACCGACCCCAAAACUGAGUUUGACUACUGUGCCAUCAAACAGUGUGCUGGAGAGAAAGUGUCAAUGACUGAACCAGUAGAGAAAGUGGAGUUCAGUGAGUGCGGGAAGAGAGAGGACCGCUUCCAGAGGUCGAGGUUGCGUAUCGUGAAUGGGAUUCCUGGGAACUCGCCGUGGACAGUGAGCCUCAGAGACAGGAGAGGCAACCAUUUCUGUGGAGGAUCCCUGGUUAACCCCAGAUGGGUGAUCAGCACCAAGCAGUGUUUCUCCUCCUGUUACGUUGACCUGCCUGGGUACUCGGCCAAGAUGGGAACACUGUAUCGUGAUCCACAAGAAGAAGAGCCUGGCGUGCAAACCAUCCCUCUGACCAAGAUCGUCUGCGGACCCUCAGAGUCUCAGCUAGUCAUGCUACAACUGGAACACCCGGCCCAGUUUAAUGAGCGUAUCUCUCAAAUCUGCCUCCCUCCUGAGCGCUACAUUGUAGCUGAGGGGACGACUUGUGAGAUCGCAGGAUGGGGUGAGACAAGAGGGACUGGAGAUGAGACUGUCCUCAACGUGGCCCACAUACCAGUUCUUAGUAACAAGGAAUGCAACAAAUACUUCAGAGGUCGUGUUCGUGAAAAUGAGAUGUGCACCAGCUCUUUCCAGGGCGGGGUGGGCGCCUGUGAGAGAGACUACGGCGGCCCUCUGGCGUGUCAGAACAGGGAUUGCUGGGUACUCGAGGGUGUGAUUAUCCCCAUGAGGCGCUGCGGACACCCGGGGCAGCCCAACAUCUUCAUCCGUGUCUCUGUCUACGUGGACUGGAUCAAGAAGGUCAUGGAGAUGGCUUAGAGACAGAGACUGCCCUCCAACAGGGACUGAUCAAAUCCACUGUCAAAGACCUCAAGACCAUUUAUUCACUUACCGUAUACAUUUCUUUCUUCUCAUAUAUCUUUUACAUUAAAACAUUUUAAAUAAUACGUUAAAAUGUAUAGUCAGAAGUUACAACGUUACUAUAUCAUAAAGAAGACUCAUUCAGACUCACACAUGGAGAAAAUGCAAAGACAGCACAGUAAUUUGUUACAGUAUAUCUGCAAUUAAUUUCUAUGUGCAUUUAUAUUUAGUGAAUCUUUUCAGCCAGAGUAACUAACUUUAGGUGCACCAGUGGGGGCAUUUAAACAAUAAGCAGAAAACAUUUACAUUCCCAAAACAUAAUCAUGUAUGCUGAGAUGCCAAACAAUGCAGAGAAGAUUUAUCAUUAAAAUGUAGUAAGUAUUAUUAAAAGUAAGUACAUUUCUACACAUUUUGGGCAACACUUUCCCCUCAGAGUCCCCCUCUUUAUUCAUUCAUAAGAAAUAGUCUAUGUAAACAUUUAAACUAUAAUGUAGGGGUAAGUAGAUAUAAAGACAUUUGUAAGUGGUAAAUAAUAACGAGCAGUAUUUGUCAACAAUUUUAACUCCUCCUUCUUCUUCAUGUUUGACAUGACUGACAUUUUUUACAUUAUUACAACUGUGUUUUUACUAUAUUUUCAUGCAUCAUGUACAGCAGCCAUCACUUAUGGGAGCCCACAGGAGGAGUCAUAGUUUUUCACAAAUACAAUAAUAAACACUGCUUAGACUCGCACUUGCACAGCAACUUUAUAGUGAAUUAUCAACCAUUUAUUAAAUGUGUAUAUACUGCUUAUAAAUGCUAAAUGUGUGGACUUAAAGUAAAGUGUUGUCAAUUUUUGUUAUUUAUUCACCCAAAAAAGAAUGCAGGGGCAAAAACUAAUUGUAGCAGAGGAGAAUAACUGAGAGUAAGUGACUCCCAAUAAGGUGUGUGUGUGUGUGUGUGUGUGUGUGUGUGUGUGUGUGUGUGUGUGUGUGUGUGUGUGUGUGUCUGUGUCUGUGUGUGUGUGUGUGUGUUAAGUUUCUAACAUCCCCUGGAAAUGCACCCUUUACUACAAAACUGUACGCCUCCCCUCCUCUCCCUGGCAUUGAAUGGAGCUCUGAAAUACCUUCUUUGCCCCCAGCCUCUAAAGAAAUCCCGCCUCUCCUCUGUCUUUUGAUGCCUGCCCCCACCUCUAAAGACAUGCCUUUGUGCCUUAUGCAGAACUGUAUGCGCUGCACAUUCUUUCUAUUUCUAUAGGAGGAUUUUUGUAACCCGGUCCUGAUGAGCCCACGGAAUUCAGCUUAAAUAAACCUCAAGAUCAGAGUCUGACCGAAUCUCAGAUACACCAGCCUGCAGAGGGCCACUGAACUCACACACACACACACACACACACACACACACACACACAAUUUCUCUCAUGCAAACCCUCCCCCCUCUCUCUCUGUCUUAUUCCCCAUUCUAGCUCUCUGUUUUUUGUUGCUUGGACAUUUUCAAACCAACAUUUUUUUUCAGAAGAUACUGACAUUUUAUCUUUUGCAGAACAAAUAGGACUGAAAUGUAAAAGAUGUUCCCUUUAGCUAAUGAUAGCAAUCAUCCUCCUGCUGCACACAGCGUUUGGAAAUAGCAGGUUGACAGUUAUGAUUUCAAUGUCAUUCUGCUCACUUUCAUUUAGUAAUAUUUAUAGUGGAUGACUAAUCUAAUUCACAUAUGACUAUGGGUUUUCACCAACUGUUAAAGCUUAAAGCUUCUGGGAAACCCAAAUAAAUUUGAAAUAAAUGCCACAGAAAUAUGCAAAUAGUUUCUUUGUUAUUUUGUUUUAUGCAUCUUAUGGUAAUGG